CCCGCCCGCGGCCGGCGCUCGGGCGCGGGGUUACAACAGAGCGGCUGCCGGCGUGCUUGGGGAAGGACCCGCGUUCAUUGAUGACCACAAAUGUUAGCGGUGGGGCAGAUGGAUGCUAAUCGCCAGAGCGCGUUCGUCCUCAGCAGUACGCCGCUGGCCGCGCUGCACAACAUGGCCGAGAUGAAGACCUCCCUCUUCCCCUACACCCUGCAGAACCCCUCCGGCUUCAAGGCGCCGGCCCUGGGCGGACUCAACACGCAGCUCCCCUUGGGGACGCCGCACGGAAUAAGCGACAUUCUGGGGCGGCCCGUGGGCGCCGCCGGCAACCUCCUGGGCGGGUUGCCCCGCAUCAACGGACUGGCGGCCUCGGCGGGGAUGUACUUCAACCCCGCGGCCGUCUCCCGCUACCCGAAGCCGCUAGCGGAGCUGCCCGGGCGGCCGCCCAUUUUCUGGCCGGGAGUGGUGCAGGGCUCUCCCUGGAGGGACCCCCGGCUCGCCUGUCCCGCUCAGACGGGGAUGGUUUUGGACAAGGACGGCAAGAAGAAACACUCGCGACCGACUUUCUCUGGGCAGCAGAUUUUUGCUUUGGAGAAAACCUUCGAACAGACGAAAUACUUGGCAGGACCGGAGAGAGCCCGCCUCGCCUAUUCCUUGGGGAUGACCGAGAGCCAAGUGAAGGUCUGGUUCCAGAACAGACGGACCAAGUGGCGGAAGCGGCAUGCGGCAGAGAUGGCCUCGGCAAAGAAGAAGCACGACUCGGAGACGGAGAAGCUGAAGGAGAGCUCGGACAAUGAGGACGAUGACGAGUACAACAAGCCCCUGGACCCCAACUCAGACGAUGAAAAAAUCACAAGGCUACUGAAAAAGCACAAAUCCACGAACCUGUCCCUUGUCAGCCCCUGCAGCACCAGCUCGGACACCUUGUGAGGGCACGGGCACCGACGGCUGCUGCGGGUGGCCGCGGCUGGGUGAGCCACUGUGGUAGGCACCACGACAGAGAAUUGUAACUGGAUGUUUGAAGUGGUGUGUUGUACAGCCUAAGAUGUAUGUGAAAUGUAUAUAUUUUUUACAGAAUAAGUUAUGAAAUUAUUUUCCUUCUCAUCGAUGUAAAUUUCAGAGGAAUUUUUCCAACUUCUUGGUUUCUGUUUUGUGUCCCUUUAAGGUUUGCCCUUCUUUCUUUAAGCUUCCUUGCCAAUUUCCUGCUCCUAACAAUCAGAUUUUGUUAUGUUUUGUAUGGGUCACCAAAUCCAAGCUCAGCCACUUUGUAUAUAGUAAAUUUCAGAUUUUGUGAUGUAUAUUUCUAGCGUAAAAAUGGCUGUUUUCUUUCACUCCCUCCCUCAGUGUUUUGGCAGUUUGAUUUCUCCUGCCUCUGGACUUUAU